GGAUGAGAGCGGCUUUGCACACAGCGCGGUAGGAGAGAAGAGGGGGGGAGGGGUGGUAAAUGCAAAAUGCCUUCGGUAAAUUCGGAAUAUUUUUGUACCUCAAAACAUCUCCAGCGCUUUCCCAAAGCGUAAUCAGACAAAAAUCGACACUUCGUUCUGUGCUUGAAGCAGAGGUUGAAAAAUGGAGUAUUGUUAUUCCAGCAGUGAGCAAGACCUCAAAACCUAUUUAGGUUGUCAGAACAAGAUGACUCAGAAUAUCCUAAAGAGUUUACAUCGUGUGGAACUUGGUGGAUAUAAUUACUGGCCGCUCUUUUCGCAAAUUGGAAUUCGCCUUUACAGCUAUGAGGAAAUCCCGACCUUUUUAAAGGGAAACCCUUAUAUCACUGAUGGAUACAGGGCCUACUUACCCUCAAGUCUGUGCAUCAGAAGCCUCUUUGUUUUGUCCAACGAGAGUGUGAAUAUAUGGAGCCACUUGCUGGGGUUUUUCCUGUUCUUCGUCAUGGGUCUACAUGAUACUUGCUUCCUGUUACCAUCGUCGAACAGCACCAGGGAUGAUUACAUCGUUUUCAUUAUUUUUGGCUUUUGUUUUCAGUUCUGCAUGCUCUGCUCAGCAGGCUACCAUCUCUUCUGCUGCCAUCACUCUGAGAAAACCAGUCAGCAGUGGCUCGCCCUAGACUACGCUGGCGUCUCAGUGGGAAUGCUGGGAUGUUACGUCCCAGGAGUCUUUUAUGCCUUUUAUUGUGCCGAGCAGUAUUGGAGACAAGUGUACCUUAUAACCGUGCUGGCCAUGAUUUUUGUGAUGUUUCUCACACAAAUCCAUCCGCAUUAUGCCUCCCAGCAUUGCCACAAGCUUCGCAUUCUCCUCUUCUGUUUUAUUGCUGCCUAUGGAUUAAUCCCCACAGUUCACUGGAUAUUUCAGAAUGGAGGUAUUGGGGAACCGGUUGUUAAGGUGUUUGCACCCAGAGUAGGUGUGAUGUAUCUACUAGCAAGUUUGGCAUUUUUGUUUUACUACAGUAAAGUACCUGAGAGGUACUUUCCAGGUGGAUACUUGAAUUACUUUGGCUGUAGCCACCAGUGGUGGCAUUUCUUGGUAGUUUUAAUGUUCUAUUGGUGGCAUCAGACUGCAGUUCACAUAAUGCAUUAUAGACAUGAACAGCCAUGUCUAAAAAUAACAGAAUAGUUUUCCAGCAUUUCCUCAAGAGGACUGCUUUGCAAUUAAGAACAAAAGAAAAUCAAACUACUAAUUCUUCAGUUCUACGAGUCUUCUAACCAACUGCAUGAUGGCCUUCUAAUUUACUUAAAACUGAAUGUGUCUCGAUUGUGUGCUGUAAGUUUGAAGAUUUUACUAUGGUACAUUCUGGUACUGUGACACCAACUCAACGGUUCCUCAGACUUAUUUUUGCAUGAAGAAGCCUUUUUAAUCAGCCAAAUUGGUGACUGCCCUUUUUUCUAACAUUUGGAUUGUGCCAGUAACUACUCAGUGUCACAGGCUCAAGGUACAGUAAAGGCAGCUACAAUAUAAUGCCUUUUAACUGAAAGCCAAUGCAUGUAUUUGUAAAAUACAAAACUGUAUUGAACUGUCUUAUGGGUGUAUUAUAAUGCCUGCCUUGUUCAUUGUUCUACAUUUUGUAGAAAUGAUUUAAUAUGUACUGUAACAUGUAUGCUGCAAAUUUAAUAUAACUAGAGGACAGAAAAGCAACUGUACUGCAUGCAAAGUAACAUAUUAUAAAUGUUUACAAGGCCUAACCAGUGCCCCUCCUAAACAAAACUAUUUUUCCUGAUAUUUAAUGUGUGUGAUGAUGAGUUUAAUAACCACUAAAUCUGGCUUUAAUUUGUGAAGUAACCAAUUAAUUUUGAAAGACAAGAGCACUGACCAUUUUAAUAGAGGAGACCACUUCAUUAAUUUGAUCUUGUAAAACCAAUUCAUUUUUUUAAAAAAAGAGUUAUAUGGGAGAUAGAUUUUUGGAGGAAGGAGGGGAAAGUUACUCAACUUUUUAUUUUUUUAAAUGGGAAAAUUUCAUGUUAACCUUUGGAUAUUGUAUCCCUGACACUGUUGAUGUAAUGUUUUAUUCUAAAUUAUUGACUUGGCCCAUGUGUGUUGGUAAGUAUUGGAAAAUAAUUUCAGGAAAAGUGAAAUAUGCAGGUGGUUUUAUUGUUCCCAUUUACAUGAAGAGCAAAUGAACGAGGAGCUUCAAAAUUGUAACAUGGAUAUUUGGGGCAUAAGUGGCUAUUGGGUGCAUGCUUUAAUCUCUUGGAACAUAACGGUACAAGUUGUAUGGCUUUUAUUGGAAAGGCUAAUGUAAAAUAGGAAUGUGACUUACACACUUUGAUAACUCAAAUACUGCAUUCGUCUUGUGCUAAGCCUGAAUUUUUUUAAAGAUCCAGCACCACAGUAGGCUGAGAUCCCAAAAAAUGUCUCAUUUAAAUUAGGCUGCAUUUUUCAGCUUAAGCACUAUAACUGGAAGUGUGAUUUUCCUCUACUCAAACUUUAUACUGUUCAAUUUAUCUACAUUAUCUUGAUUGCCAACUUACACUGUAAAAGUGUAGAUUAAAUCUAAUAUACUCCAGGCAAGAUUUAACCUUUUGAAGAAAAACUUGCAAUGAAUUAAUCUUUGAUCUGAUAUUGCCAUGUUUUAGUAAUACAUAAAGACACAUUCAAACAUCUCUUAGGAGGAAUCUGUUGCAAUCUAUUAAGUGAGCAUGGUACUAAAUGCAGAUAAUUGUCUAGAGACAUUUAAAAAAGAAAUGAUUUCAUGAUGGAUGGUGAAACUGCAUUAACUGAAAUGCUCACUGUGCAAGGAUAAUCAAUUAGUUUGCAAAUAAUACCAGAAUGUUACGGGUACUGUGAUUUGAGGAUUCCUGCAGUAAAAUCUGUGGGGGUUGGAUAACUUCAAUUGUGUUAUACAAUUGUGUUGUGCAAACAUUUAGAUGUGAAUGGUAUGGAGUGGCUGAAUGAUAAAAUGUUGAUAUUGUCUUCCCUCUGAACUGAUCAUCGGUAGGUUGAAAAGUGCCCAUUCUUAAAAAUGGCAUGUCACCUCAGCUUAAUGCUCUUCUCCGUUGAAUAGCACUUUGUUUCCCACCUUCUCCGUUGAAUAGCACUUUGUUUCCCACCUUCUCCCAUAGCUCUCAGUUCCUUUGGAAAAUAUCCUUUUGACAUACAAAAUGUUUUUCUUUUUCUUGACAGAGAUUGAUGGCAGCAUAUAGUUCUGCUCCAUUAUUUUUCACAUGGCUGUGUUUUGUUGCAUUGCUCCUAGUGCCAAAUAUGUCCGACUAUUGCAAGUUGGUCUAUUAUUGAAGUAUUCUGCUCAUUCCCUCCAACCAUGUUGCGUUGGAGGUAGAGCUGCUCCAAUCAGUAUUUGCUUAUAACAUAUGGCAACAUUGCCCCUUUUUUGUUUGUUUUGCUAUUUAAACCAUUUUUGUCUUUUGAUAUUACUUGAAGAUUGUUUUGAAAAUGUUUAUAAACCUGAAUGUUGCAUCUUCAAUAAAGACUUUUAAUGUG